UUUAUAUUGAAUAGAGCAACGGACAAGUUGCUUCGUUUUGUGAACAAAAAAAAUUGUUUCUUAACCAUCAAAAGUACAUUUUGUUUUUAGUGAAAUUGGUAUAUGUUUUUGUAGAAAGUCCAACAAAAAAAAACCAUUGAAGAUGAAUGCGAGCGAACAUUCGAUUUUGUUCAAAUCAAAGUCUGGUCGUCAUAUUGGUAUUUCCAGCAAUCAAAAUCAAGACAGAAAAGCAACGAGUCAAUAUCGAUCUGAUAAACGGCAUGCAGCAUAUUCCAGAAAUAGAAUUAUUGAAUCGACACCAGGUAAACCAUUUGAUGCCGUACCGUUGGCCGAUGACAAUGGAAAUGAGCACUCAAAUGAACCGAAACUCAGUGUUGUGCCGCCAAGCGAUAAAGAUAGUAUUAGUCGUAAAAAAGCAUAUCGCGACAAAUUCAAGGAAUAUCUUGAGAAAAAAGCCAACGAAAAGAGAGCAAAAGCCAAAUCGAAGCCAUUCUUAUGCGCCGUAGCAAGUGGUCGUUUUGUGGCAGUUAAUAAUGAGAAAAAUAAAAGUGAAACAAAACAAAAAAAUGUUGCAAAAGAGCCAGAGUCAAUUAUUCCACAAUGUUUUACACCACGAUAUUCGCCGAUUAAUACGCGAUCGAAAAAGUUAGCUCUUUUGUCGCCGAAAGAUCAAACGCCAAAGCGUAAAAGUCGAAAUGCGAAAAGCAGUGAAAAAUUACCGAAAUUUGAAAUGAAACGUAGAGUACCGAUUACUACAAAGUUUAAAACAACCAAUUCAAUCAAAAAGACUGUAGCUACGGUCUCAAGUAGUUCCACGAAAAAGACUAUAACUGCGGCACCAACUAUUGCAAUUAAAAAGACUGUAAGCUCGGCACCAACUAUUGCAAUUAAAAAGACUACUGUCAAAGUAAGCUCGGCACCAGCAAAGGCACAAAUUAAAAAGUUUGAUGCGCCCACCACAACUCAAGGAUUGCCAAAUGUCAAACCAACUGAGCCAUUGAAUCAACGAUUUCUGAACAUGAAAAAAGUGGCCGCCGCAAAAUCGAGCCACGGAAAGAUUGGUGCGGUGCAUAAGUUUAUCAAGCCAAAUGUGAAUACAAAGUCUACGGAUUCCGAAUCGAGUGUCAACAACAAUUGGAUGACAUCAACUGUCGUCAAACUAAAGCAUAAGCCACAAACCGCUGUGUCGAAGAAAAAAUUGAACAUAUUCAAUGACAGUAUCAGCCCAAUUGAAGACGUACUAGUCGAUUCCAAAGUGGACCUGGUGAAACCACUCACGCCAAAACAAGUUCGAAAACUCAAAUCCGAAACACCGGUCGUUGGAAAAAAGGUUUCACCAUUUGUAAGUCCAUUUGUUGUCAUAAAAAAAGGUGUCAAUAUACAAACGACACCAGUGAAUGCUCAAAAAUCCGAUGAAUUGUGCGUGACGCCGAAAAGUUCACACGAUGCAGCCCCGGCAGUUACGAACUAUGUCAGUCCUUAUGUGACAAUCGGACGUGGUCGUUAUUCAAGCGGUCGUAAAGAAAAAGAAGCAAGAGAGAAAAAAUAUACGCUUGAAUCUCGUAAGUCAUUGGAUUUGAAUCAAUCAGUAGAAGAACGUCAAAACAAAGAAGCAGCUUUAUAUUUCCAUCAGCAAGUGGCAAAAGAAACAGAUCAUUUUAGAGAAUUAAUCACGGAAUGGCAAGAAUAUUCAAAAGAACAUCCGAUUCCCAGUGAAUAUAAAGACUUGGUGGACGUAGCUGUUGGCCAAACACAACUACUCAUUACAAACAAAUUCAAGCAAUUCUCUAAUUUAAUUAGAUCGUGUGAAAAUAAUGACGGCGACAAGCCAAUCAAACCAGAGGAUUUGGAGGGUUUUUGGUCGAUGAUGUACAUUCAAGUGGAGCAGCUUAAUCAGCGUUUCGAACGUUUGAAAAUGUUAAAGGAGAAUAAUUGGGAAGAUCCAGCAAUUAAUGUAUCGAAACAGAAGAAAAUUCGGCCGGAUAAUGCAAUGGUAGCGAAAUUUAAGCCGGCCAAAAAGCGUGUGAACAGUGCACUUGCUGCAAUGCUGAAAGAGGCGCGAAAAAAAUACAACGAAUCCAAAGAGAACAAAGAAAUGAGCAAUCAAAUAAAUGAUGUUGUGUUUAUGAAAAAACGGUUGUCAUCAGCCAAAUCGACACCGCAAAAGACUCCAUGGAUUGUCGAGGAUUGUGUUGUCAAUCAGGUCCAAACACCAGCACGAUCAAUUCUGAAAACGCCUGGUUCCAUUCGAAAGAAGCGAAUGACGCUCACAUUCAAGAGAAGUCCGCAAGUCAAAGUUUUCGAAAAGGAAGAUGGAAGCAUCCCAAGCUCUUUCGAAUUGCAUGAGAAUGAAUAACAGCAGUUUUUGUUGUCAUAAAUGUUAUAUUUAAGCAAUUAUUUGCAAAGCAUUAGAGAUUAUUUUGAUAUUAUAUCAUUUCAUCAGUCGUUCGACUACCUUAUUAGAUUUAAACAUAACUGCACUUAAGUCAUAAAUUCAAAAAAGAAAUCAUCGUCGUCAUUUGUUUAAAUAUGAAUUCGUAAUUUAAUUGCAUCGCAAUCAAAAGACUGA